CUGCUCCCUUCGCGCCGCUCUCGCCCUCCCGCAGAGCCGCUGGGCCACGGUGGGAGGCGGAGGUUCCCUGUGUGUCCUCCAGGCCGGCAGGAGAAGAUAUCUGAAGAAAUAGCCUGAAGAUGAACUUCUUCCUGGAAACAUUAAAAGUGAUUGUACUUCUUGUUUACUACUUACUGGAGUCACUGGUGUUCUUGGUUGUUCCUGUACGGAAGAAGAAUGUUAGUGGUGAAAUCGUAUUAAUAACAGGAGCGGGAAGUGGCAUUGGAAGACUCUUAGCGGUGAAGUUUGCCAGCCUUGGAGCCACGGUGGUCCUCUGGGACAUUAAUCAAGAGGGGCUCAAAUGCACAGUAGGACUGCUCAAGGAAAAAGGAGCAGGAAGAGUACACUCUUAUGUCUGUGACUGUAGCAAAAGACAGGAUAUCUACAGAGUAGCUGACCAGGUUAAAAAAGAAGUUGGUGAUGUCAGCAUCUUGAUCAACAAUGCUGGUGUUGUAGUUGGGAAGAGAUUUCUUGAUUCUCCAGAUUCACUUGUAGAAAAAACCAUGGAAGUGAACAUAAUGGCACACUUCUGGACUUACAAAGCCUUCCUCCCAGCAAUGAUUGCCGCCAACCACGGACACUUGGUUAGCAUAGCAAGCUGUGCAGGACUCUGUGGAACCAGUCAGGCUUCAGAUUACUGUGCAAGUAAAUUUGCAGCAGUUGGUUUUGCAGAGUCAAUUGAUAUAGAGAUGAGAAGUCUGAGAAAGACUGGUGUUAAAACCACAAUUGUGUGUCCCUAUGUCAUAAACACGGGAAUGUUUGAUGGUGUUAAAUCCAAGUGGCCACGUAUGAUUGCUAAUCUGGAUCCAGAGUACGUGGCCGAGAGGAUAGUCAGUGCUGUUCGGCAGAACCAAGAAGUUGUGCUUAUGCCACGCAUCACUUAUCUUUUACUUUUUUUAAAAAGCUUCCUACCAGUGAAAGCAACAGUUCUCCUUUUAGACUACUUUGGACUCGAUGAUAUGAUGAAUACCUUCAAAGGUCGGCCAAAGAAGGAGUGAAAAAGCACAAAAUUCAGAGACCAGCAGCUCUAAAGUAUCCAGAAAAGCCUGUAGUGGAUCUGACUUCUUGCUGCCAUUCAGUGAACCAUGAGGAUGAGCUGUACUGCUGGUGCCAUUACCAUUCCCUGGUAAGCUGAGGAAUUCAUGAAUUUCCUCAAACAACAGAUUGUAACUCUUACAAAUGGAAGUUUUGGGAGAUUAAAAAUACACACUGUGUUGGUGAAAAAAAACAGUUACAUUUAUUAAGUUUUGGAGGUGUGAUCUCUCAACUCACAGAUGACAAUGGAUGUUGGGACAGGGAUAGGGAAGGAUAUGUAAAUUAAGAUAAACUAAGCAUUUGUGCUGCUAAUCUACUUUGUGCCUAAUUUAUUUUAAAAGCUAAUACUAUGACUGCAACUUUGUAACAGAAGUCUUUGUAUCUUUUAAGUACAGUAUUUUAAGAACUAUUUUAAAUUGUCACCUCCUAAGAAUAAAUUUGUAUUUAUAAAGCAUGAGACUGCCAGUCUAGGUGGGCUGUUCAAUGUCUCAUCAAAAGAGACAAUGAACUACUAAAAGCAAGGGUGUUGUGUUGUAUAAUAGGGGUUUCUCUUGGGAUUGUUUCAGAAAGGAAUGAUGUUGACAGAACUGAAUGGUAUCAUUACAGCCAUCCUUUGAUGUUUUGCUUCUCUGAGUUGGGUGACAGACUGCCUUGUGUCUACAGAGACUUGGUUUACUUUCCCUUUACUCUUAGGACUGUCCAUUUAUUUUGAGCAUAUGCUGUGGAGGUGUUGUCCUUUUUGACAAUGGUGCUUAGAAAGCUACUUUGACUUUUUGUAAUCCAAAACAAGAAAAAGGAAGCUUAUGUGUAUAUCACUUCUGUACAUGCUAAGUCCACUUCAUCUCACAGUUCUCUGCUAGCAAUUGAUAUAGUAAUUCAAACAGUAUGGAGAAAAGGGGGACUUUUUUAAUGGGGAGUCUUUUUUUUCUUUCAAUGAUGGCCUAGAAACUAUCUUAAUUUCCCUUGACUAUACAAAUAGUAAGGUUUAUUAGCAGAGAAAGGUUCACAUAGAGCUACUUUACUACUCUACUGAUGAGCAAGAAACACGGAGUAAAACAAGUGUGUUAAAAAUCACCUUACCUUUAUGAUGGAUUGAUGAGAGCUAGAGUUCAGAGUGAUGAAGAAAAGAUUUGUUUCAAUCUCCUUUCAGAUCUUCAGCUUCUCUUCCUCAAAAUUUUUACUCAUUUUACAGUACACCUCAGGAAACAGAAGUUAACCAAGUAAAAAAGAGAUUGUCUCAAUGUGCAAUCCAUGCACACAUUGCAGUGUUCACAAAUUCUACCACUAAUGACUAUGUGGUGUAUCUGUCUUCAGCCUCCUCACCUUUUUAUACUAACAGAACAUACUUUUCCCUCCUGGAGCAAAGGGGAAAAGUGAGCUCUGCAUAUGAACACUAUGAGUAUCAAACUCCAGCUCUAGUGAGAGCAAGUAGCUUUUCAUUUUUAGUGUCUUUGUGAACACCUUCUGUUGAGGAAAAUUAGAAGCAGUAAGUCUGGCAGUAGGAUUUGGGGAUUUUCAGCAGGUUCAUGUUUGCCAAAGCCCUAGGAGAAUUUUACCUGAAAAUCUGUGCCAGAUAAAUACAUCUCCAUGGAAUUUUCCCACAGAAUCAGUGGAAAGGACCUGUGCUCAAUUAAGUUUUGUGUAUCUCUAAGGUUGGAAACUCUACAAUCUCUCUGGGUAACCUGUUCUAGUGUUUUUUCACACUCUGUUUAAAAACGGAUAAAUGAAAAUUAUGUGUAAAUUCAAUGUACUUUAUUUCAUGUCCUUUCAGAGGAUACCACUAAGAGUCCAAGUUUGCAUUUCACACCUUCCUUUUAGGUACUUAUACACAUUGGGGCUCAACCUUCUCUCAAGACUAAGCAGUCCCAGAAAUCUCACCAUCUCCUUGUAUGGCAGGUGCUCCAGUAUCUUAGUUAUCUUUGCAGCCCUUCACUGGACUCACUGAGUAUAUGCAAAAACUAGUUAUGAGCAUAUACAUAUCUCUUAGAGACCAAUUUCUGUACUAGACUGAGCAUGCAUAAUAUGUCAUACAGAGCUUCAGUAGAAAAUCUCUGCUUGCUAGCUGUCCUAGAAGGAGUACACAAAUAAUGGCUUUUACAUAAAUGUGCUGCUACCACAUUAAAUAUUGUGGUCACUGGUAAAUUACAUCAGGUACCUGGAGGAUAACAGCCUCUUCUGUGGUGGUUUUUAUCUCCUAUGAUGGCAUGACAGAUGUGGAGUUGUAUCCUGGAGGUCAAACAGCACACAUCCUUCCCCUGUGUUCAGGAGGUUGCUUGGAGUGAGUGUUUGGAUCUUCUUAUAUCUGAGAUAUAAAUGUCUUAAGGUAAAAGGUGGCUUACUUCCAACAUAACAAUGAUCUUGACUGAUUACUUUCCUAAUGCCAAAAAAGUCUUCCCUUCUGCUCUCAACAAGAAAACUCAUGGAAGGAUCACUGUGACAGCCAAACAAGAAGAUAAAACUUAAAAAGGAGGAGCAUUUCAUUUGUGACAGCAUAAUGUCUGACUGCUGGACAAUAUAUCAGGCAGCUCCCACAAAAGAAUUGUUGGUUUCAUGGCCACUGCCUGAAAUUUUAAAUAGUCUCUCCCAAAAAAUGACUGUCCCAAAUUUGACUGGGAUGGCUGCAUUAGCCUAAUAAUAAUGGUUAUAGUGAUCCAAAAGCAAUCCAUAGUAUUUUAUGGCCUGCUAUAUUUCUUUUUCAUGUGGGAUCAUAUUCCUGUGGUAGCAGAAAUCAUGCUGUCCCCUAAUGCUUCAAAAUAUGGAGAACAUAGUGCCAAGAAAAAUUAACUUGAUUAAAUCCUCUGAACAAGAUUGAGAAGGAAGGCAAACAAAAAACCAGCAGCUGAGAUACAAGCUCCAUUAUUAUUUUAUGAAUUUGGAAUUCAUUCCCAGGAGCUGUGUGCACCUGCCUGGAAUUUGGUGUUCAUGGUGGUCUGUUGUCAUUUUAGGAAGGAGCCAAGCAGGUACCUGUUCUCUGGUAACUUUGUUCGGUUGUUCUUCCAAAGACACCAGUGUGCUCUGCAUGGUUUGCUGAGCAGCUGUUCAAAGCCAUAGGCUUUGUAAAAUUAGCAUUUCAGCAAAAUAACUUGGCUUCUCUCACUGACAUUUUCUUUGCUGUGGCAAUCAAGAGAAAUUAUUUUGGAUCCACAGUUACCAGAUAUUCUAGGAAAAUGCAGGAUUCCUGCCCCUCAGGUGACACUUUAAUACAUGUUAUCAAUGCCUCAGUGUGUGGGGCAGCACUACAAGCAGGGAUUUUUGUCCACUCACUGCAUUAUGCACUUUCUCUCUAGUCUUGGGUGUCUCCAGCUUGAUGAUAUUUUCUCUGCCUUUCAAAGCCUCCAAGCUAACAGCCUGAAGUUCUGUGAGAACUUCAUAGAUAGCCUGUGGCCUAUGGCUGAGGAAAACAUAGCUCUGCCUAGGGAAGAGAAGUGGAAAAAAAUCCCACCUUCUUCCUUUGCCCUUGGCAAUAGCACACUAGGGAGAUGAGUGCCCUCAGGAUUGCAACAGAGAUGUUCAAGACAAAGAUGUGACAAGGACAGAAGUUCUAUGCCAAGGUGCUCUGUGUUGUUGCAGCUCCUGGGUAGUUACUGCUUGAUUAAAACAAACCUUGGCUCUCGGUACAGCUGUGCUGAGAAAUUUCACACCUUAUCCAAGGUCAGGCAUAACUACAUCUAAGGAAACAUUAUUCUGUAGGACUUGUAGUGGAGUAGUCUUCCACAAUCCCUGCCCCAGAAGGAUGAACCCUAAGACAUAUUGUUACACUUUUGUCUCCCCACCUCUUGGGGUCCAGAGGCAGCAACCCCAGCUUUGGCACAGAAAGAAGAAUCAACAGAGCCAGAGCACGAGCAGCAGCAGCAACCCUGGCAGCACAUGCCACCAACAACAAUUACAGAGUUUCUUGCUGAACAAGUUUGGCCUCUUAGUACCAUGAACUUCAUGCCUAAGAAGGUGCCAUGGUCUAGGCUACCUGGGUGAUGGUGCAGUCCCCCUGGGCAGGUAUCUGUAUCAUCUCUGUUAACUGUAUUGCUGUAAAGGCAGCUUGCUCAGAGAUUAAUGCAAGGUGAUAUAUGAUAGCUGAGGAAUCUCUUGAGCACGUGGUCUUUAGUGCUUGUUCCCCAGAAAUGGGAAUUCUUGUUGGAAGGUUAACAUUGAAGGUCUUCUCUAUAUUAAUUCUAGAAAACACACUUUGCAUUAUUCAUUGUCUGUGUAUUUCUGUCAUGAUAAUGAUGAUUUUACCCUGAAGCACACUCACACAAUGCACCAUGCACAGCUAAUAAAGCUACAAAACUGAUUUGAAUCAUGCUACA